GAUUCCAGCUGUUGCUCCGACUGGCGUCGUCCUGAGUGAUGCAACCGAGACGAGUUUGCUGGUAUCUUGGACUAGCAGCCCGCUCAAGGACUGCGUCUUCCAACGCUUUGCGGUGGAGCUUUCGAACGGAAGCGAUUUCGUGGUGCCGGGGGGCUGCGACAUCACAGACGUCGCCACCACCAACUGCGUGGCGACAGGCCUGCAGUCCUGGACUGCUUACACUGCUCGUGUCGCUGUGCUUUGCGAUGAGUGCAGCGAGACGCCGACAGCUGAGCGGGUGCCUUGCAGCGAGGAGGAUGGCCCUGGACAGCGCUGUUUCGUUCCAGCCACUGGCGGCUUGACCAGCUGCUUCCGGAAGCUACCUGCUCUGAG